GAGAGAGAGAGAGAGAGAGAGAAGACGAGAGAUGGAUGCUGUGAUCCUUGCCAAGCCUUUGAUUCCCAUGGUUUGCGCCUUCACGGAGGCACGCCUAACCUCUUCUUCGUUCCUCUCUUUCCCUGUCUCCACUCCUAGAAUCGCACUCUUGAGCAUGAGGAUGCCUUUGCUGAAAAGAAGAGACAAAAUUGGAUUUUUCUUGAAAGCCAGUAAUUCAGAGGACAAUCAUUCUUCUAAUAGUUCUUUUUCUUCUCCUUCUUCAUCAAAGGAGGUUGCUUUUGACAUAAAACUCCCCAGAAGAAGCUUGCUUGUGCAAUUCACUUGCAAUGCUUGCGGUGAAAGGACUCAGCGGAUGGUGAAUAGAGUAGCAUAUGAGCGUGGCACUGUUUUUGUGCAGUGUGCAGGGUGUCUUGUAAAUCACAAACUAGUUGACAACCUAGGUCUUGUUGUGGAGUAUGAUUUGAGGGAGGAGGUCGAUGCAGACUCAGGUGAAACAACAAUCGAUUGAACUGCCAUACAACUUUGACAAGCUAUGGUCUGAGGAUGCUCUCUUAAGGAGAAGUUCUGUUUGUUUCAAUAGCUAGAGGUGUUCUUCUUAAAUCUAGAAUGAGAUGCAGACAUGACACGUUUCUCAACUCAAAUACUGAAUGCUUGUUGGAGCCAACCAUUGAUAUCUUGAGUCUGUACUCAAAUCCAUCUCUUUCUUUUUAUAUAUCUAAUCUAUUUUAGUGCUCGGUUCUGAAUGGCAUAAGCUGACACUGUCUUUCUAUAUAAUGCACACAAGCAAUAAAAUUUUCA